CGCCACUGGUCCAGGCGAUUUUCAGUGGUGAUCCAGAAGAGAUCCGGAUGUUGAUCUACAAAACUGAGGAUGUCAACGCCUUGGAUGCCGAGAAGCGAACUCCUCUUCAUGUGGCAUCAUUCCUGGGGGAUGCAGACAUCAUUGAGCUUCUCAUUUUGUCAGGCGCUCGUGUUAAUGCCAAGGACAAUAUGUGGCUGACUCCUCUCCAUCGAGCAGUUGCUUCAAGAAGUGAAGAGGCAGUGCAGGUGCUGAUCAAGCACUCUGCCGAUGUCAACGCCCGGGACAAGAACUGGCAGACGCCGCUGCACGUGGCUGCUGCCAACAAGGCGGUGAAGUGCGCGGAGAUCAUCAUCCCCCUGCUGAGCAGCGUCAACGUGUCGGACCGCGGGGGCCGGACGGCGCUGCACCACGCGGCACUCAAUGGCCACAUCGAGAUGGUGAACUUGCUCUUGGCCAAGGGGGCAAACAUCAAUGCUUUUGACAAAAAGGACAGAAGAGCUCUUCACUGGGCAGCGUACAUGGGUCACCUGGAAGUUGUUGCCUUACUGAUUAAUCACGGUGCAGAAGUGACUUGUAAAGACAAGAAGGGUUAUACCCCACUUCAUGCAGCUGCAUCCAAUGGGCAGAUUAAUAUUGUGAAGCAACUCCUUAACCUGGGGGUGGAGAUUGAUGAAAUGAACAUCUAUGGAAAUACUGCACUUCACAUUGCCUGUUACAAUGGUCAGGAUUCUGUUGUUAAUGAGCUGAUUGACUAUGGUGCUAAUGUAAAUCAGCCCAAUAAUAAUGGAUUCACUCCCUUGCAUUUUGCUGCUGCCUCCACUCACGGAGCACUGUGUCUUGAACUACUAGUGAAUAAUGGGGCAGAUGUUAAUAUUCAGAGUAAGGACGGGAAGAGCCCACUGCACAUGACAGCUGUCCAUGGGAGGUUCACACGGUCGCAGACCCUCAUUCAGAAUGGAGGGGAAAUCGACUGUGUUGAUAAGGAUGGUAACACCCCUCUGCACGUGGCUGCAAGAUAUGGACAUGAGCUUUUGAUUAACACACUCAUAACCAGCGGAGCCGAUACUGCCAAGUGUGGGAUCCACAACAUGUUCCCUUUACACUUAGCAGCGCUGAACGCUCACUCAGACUGCUGCAGGAAAUUGUUGUCAUCGGGACAAAAGUAUAGCAUAGUGUCCUUGUUUAGUAAUGAGCACGUGCUGUCUGCAGGCUUUGACAUAGACACCCCCGACAGCUUCGGAAGAACGUGCCUCCACGCUGCCGCUGCAGGAGGUAAUGUAGAAUGUAUAAAACUCUUGCAAAGCAGUGGAGCAGAUUUUAAUAAGAAGGACAAAUGUGGAAGGACACCUUUGCACUAUGCAGCUGCAAAUUGCCAUUUCCACUGUAUUGAGACACUGGUGACAACAGGAGCCAACAUUAAUGAAACAGAUGAGUGGGGCCGCACCCCUUUGCACUAUGCUGCUGCUUCUGACAUGGACCGAAAAAGAAAGAAUAUUUUAGGUAACUCCCAUGAAAAUGCUGAAGAACUUGAAAGAACCACUGAGAUGAAGGAAAAAGAAGCUGCAUUGUGUCUAGAGUUCCUUCUACAGAACGAUGCCAACCCAUCCAUCCAGGAUAAAGAGGGGUACAACACUGUGCAUUACGCUGCUGCAUAUGGGCACCGGCAGUGCUUGGAACUGAUUGGAAGCAAAACUCCAUUGGAUAUACUUCUGGAAAAAACCAACAAUAUAUUUGAAGAAUCUGAUUCUGCAGCUACCAAAAGUCCUUUGCAUUUAGCUGCCUAUAAUGGUCAUCAUCAAGCCCUGGAGGUACUUCUCCAAUCUCUGGUAGAUCUGGAUAUUAAGGAUGAGAAGGGACGCACUGCUUUGGACUUGGCUGCAUUUAAAGGACAUGCAGAGUGUGUGGAAGCUCUCAUCAGCCAGGGUGCUUCUGUCACUGUAAAAGACAAUGUCACCAAAAGGACCCCCCUCCAUGCCUCAGUCAUUAAUGGCCAUACACCUUGUCUACGGUUGUUGCUAGAAGUUGCAGACAACCCUGAUGUGACAGAUGCCAAAGGACAAACUCCACUAAUGCUUGCAGUGGCUUAUGGGCACGUUGAUGCUGUUUCUUUAUUACUUGAAAAAGAAGCAUCUGUAGAUGCAGCUGAUCUCCUGGGAUGCACAGCUUUACAUCGAGGGAUUAUGACUGGGCACGAAGAAUGUGUUCAGAUGCUGUUAGAGAAAGAAGUCUCUAUUCUGUGUAAAGAUGCCAGAGGCAGAACACCCCUGCACUUUGCAGCAGCUCGGGGUCACGCCACUUGGCUGAACGAGUUGCUGCAGAUCGCACUGGCUGAGGAAGACUGCAGUCUGAAAGAUAAUCAAGGUUACACACCACUGCACUGGGCUUGUUACAAUGGUCAUGAAAACUGCAUAGAGGUACUAUUGGAACAAAAACUUUUCCACAAAUUCUAUGGUAAUAGCUUCUCUCCAUUGCACUGUGCUGUAAUCAAUGAUCAUGAAAACUGUGCAUCACUACUCAUUGGAGCCAUUGAUGCCAGCAUUGUUAAUUGUGAAGAUGACAAAGGAAGAACGCCCCUUCACGCCGCAGCCUUCGCCGACCACGUGGAGUGCCUCCAGCUCCUCCUGAGCCACAGCGCACAGGUGAACGCUGCGGAUCACGCAGGGAAAACGCCGCUCAUGAUGGCAGCUCAGAACGGCCACGUAGGGGCUGUAGACUUUUUGGUGAACAUUGCCAAGGCUGACCUGACAUUAAAAGAUAAGGAGUCAAAUACAUCUUUGCACUUGGCUAGCAGUAAAGGUCAUGAAAAAUGUGCCUUGUUAAUACUUGACAAGAUACAAGAACAGAGCCUUAUUAAUGCAAAAAAUAAUGCAUUGCAGACACCUCUCCAUAUUGCUGCACGAAAUGGCUUAAAGAUGGUGGUUGAAGAAUUGCUGGCCAAAGGGGCAUGUGUCCUAGCAGUAGAUGAAAAUGGUCAUACGCCAGCCCUGGCUUGUGCUCCUAACAAAGACGUGGCUGACUGCCUGGCACUCAUUUUGGCUACCAUGAUGCCUUUUUCUCCUUCCAGUUCAGUGACGGCUUUCAACUUCGUUUGUUUUAAAAAAGACAAUUUGGGCAGGACACAUCUCUGCGAUGGCUCCAGUAUGGGUAGCAUUAACUCUUACAAUAAGCCCUUGAGUAAUAACAUAGGAACAGAGGAUGGGUACAAUGAAAAUGAUUCGGAUUCUGAAACAUUUUGACUCAUUGGUAUUCAAAAACUUCUUUUCAUUAUUAUUUAAUUUCAGCUUUAUUUUUUGUCUUUUUAAAAAGCUUAAAUCUCACAACUAUAUUCUUAACUAUUAUUCUUGACAAGUAGGUAUUGAAAGAUUUGUAGUGUUGAUGAGAAUCAAGCCUUCAAAUAACAAAAUUAGAGGGAUUUACUGGAACAUAUUCCCGUUAGUGUUCUGCAGCUUUUCAGUUUCCUGAUGUUUUCUUUAGGUCCAAAGUGCCCCUGUGGAAAGUCUCUACCUCUUAUUUUAAGUAGAAAAAGAGAAAAUGCCUUUUUUUUCUUUUUGACAGCACAAAUAAACAGGGAACUGUUUGUGAAGAAUUCUUUCAUGUUUUAGCUGUACCUUUAGUAGACAAACAUAUUUCCAGCGUAGCCUUCAAAGAUUAGAGCAUCACCCCCUUCCUACGUUUGUCUGUUUCCUGCUUCCAGGGGCUCUGUUAAUUAGAUAAUUUUUUUUUUAUACAAACCAAAGGUGAACUUGUAAUCUUAAAACUGCCUGUAUUACUUUUCUACAGGAAAUGAAACCUUUUACAUUCUGCCUGUAUUAAGCACUUAAACAUACAGAAGGCACUUUUUACAGUUCUUAGUUGCAGCACACAAUUAAAAAAAUGUAGUUGUUAACUCUUAAGGCCAAAUUCUACUCAUCUCACCAUAUUUUCCCAUGGACACCACUUGUGUAAAAUGAAAAUCACUUGGCCCUUAUUUUUUUUCAAUUCAGCACAAACGUGUAUGGUUUAUUUGCACUACAGAAUUAGGGUCAUUAGAUGUUUCUGUCACCUGAGCCAUUAAUCAUGAUUCCAGUAUCAGAAAAAAAAGGGGAGGGGGGAGAAAUCAAGUGUAGACAAAAGUGUAUGUAAAAGUUUAUAAUGACUUGCCAACUUAAAUGGAUUUUUUGUUCCUUUUCUAUGGUUAAAUAACUUAUUUUUACUGUAAACAGCAUCAACUCUUAAAAUACUUUUGCCAGUGUUUGGAUUAACAGAGCAAAGGUAAAGCAAUGAAAGCAUAACACCAAAAGUUGAAAUACCAAACACCAGAAAACAUAGCAGUGUACUGUGCAGGGGAUCAGAGAUAACAUGUUAAAAAGCCUAUUGUCACCAGCUUUUAAAGCAAUGUCAACUUUGUGAAUAUGUUUACUCCUUCUGCCAAAGUUUCUAGGUCAAAUGGACCACAACCCUCCUCUGCAACAGAUGUACAAAAGGAAGAAUGAGACUUUGUAAACAAAAACAAAAAAACCCAAACAAAAAGUUAUCCUGAACUAACCAGCUGUACCAAGAGGACCAAAAUGCUUCAGUAAUUAAAUUGAAGACUUUGCUACUUUUAUUUUUUUCUUCAAAUGUGAGUGACAUAAUGAAGUAUUUUUUCCUAAACCAUAAAAAUAUAAACUUUUGAGGUAAUUAGUAGUCUUGAGUGAAUUUUACAUUUUAUGACGCAGGUUUCAAGUUGACAUUUUUAACUGAUGUGUUGACCACAGGUGGGGUUUUUUUCCAGACUAAAAAAUAUGUUCAUAUACUUUUAAUGUAAAUGUUUUUCUAUUUAUUUGAAAUGAAACAAAUGCCCAGGAAAAAUAACUAUGGCUUGUUCUCCUAGUUAGCAUUUAUGCAUACUGUUUGGGACGGUGUGAAACAAAAUGUGAAUCUAGGCAAGAGUGAUGGCCUGAGUAGCAAAAGGAAGAGUGGAUGCACUUUGGGAGAGUGCCCAUCUUCUUGUGUGGAAUGCAAAGGUUGGGUCCACAGGCUUUGUUGGUAAAAAGCAGAAAGCAAAACACCUUCCCCUGUUUAAAGAGCGUAAGAAAGGGAUCCAGCCCCUUGCCAGAGAGGUGAGAAAACACUGUAGAGCUGCAGUAGAGGGGAAAAGGUAGCACAGCAUGGAGCCAAGGUGUUAACAUUCCUGUGAUUCAUGCUCAGGUUGUCUGCAGGCCCAGUCUGUGCUGGGAAAGUGAGAUGAGCUUCCGUGGUGCUUGCUUUUGGCAGUGGGAAUGAAAAGGAAGGACUUACAUUUUGCUUGCGAUAUUUUUAGCCAUGUUCCACUUAAUUGUUAAAAAUCUAUUGGCAGAUUUCAGUUCCUUAAUUAGGAAAGAAAAUUUA